GGGAUAUUCUGGUAGGACGUAUGCCUGCCAUUAGUUCUGAAUACUGGUGAGGUUUUGCGGGCAAAAUGGCCGUGAUGAUUGGAAUUGCUUUCAGGUGAUUGGUCUCCUGCACUGGGUUCUAAUGCAGCAUUGCUCUAUGCAGGAUCACUUAGGUCUCUAGGAUAUGGCAAUUAUAAGUUUCCAACAGCUCAAAUGCAAGUGCAAUAGAAACAUCCGGCCGCCAUCCUGCGGAAGGAACUGGCUCCCAUGUCCCAGCAACUUCAGCGAGUGUGGUAACCAGCUCAAAUGCCCCAGAAUCAACUAGCCACUGAACUUCAGAAGUGGAAGCAGCUGACUGCCAUGAACCAGCAAUUGUGGCAUCCAGCUCCAAUACCCCUGCAGCAGAAGCAACCGGCCGCAGAAUCUCAGCAGCAGAGGAAACUAACACCUGUGCCCCAGCAAGUGUGGCAUCCAGCUCACAUGCAGCAGAAGGAACCGACUGCCGUGCCCCAGCAAGUGUGGCAUCCUUCUCAAAUGCCCCUGCAGCAGAAGCAACCGACCGCCGUUCCCCAGCAAGUGUGGCAUUCAGCUCAAUUUCCCCAGCAGAAGCAACUGGCCCCUACGCCUCUACUGCAGAAGGAACCAACCACCAUAGCCCAGCAACCUCAGCAGGUGUUGCAUCCAGCUCAAAUGCUGCAGAAGGAACAUGGCACUAAUCCUAAACAAGUGUGGCAUUCAGCUCAAUUUCCCCAGCAGAAGCAACUGGCCCCCAUGCCGCCACUGCAGAAGGAACCAACCACCAUAUUCCAGCAACUUAAGCAGGUGUGGACUCCAGCUCAAAUGCCCAAGAAGCGACCAGCCACUGAACCUCAGCAGCAGAAGCAACCAUCCACCAUGCCCCAGCCAGCGUGGCAUCCAUCUCAAAUGCCCCUGCAGCAGAAGCAACCGGCCACACUGAACCUCAGCAGGAACUGACCGCCAUGCCCCAGCAAGUGUGGUAUCGCGCUAAAAUGCUCCAGCAGCAAAAUCAUCCGCCCGCCAUGCCACAGAAGCAACAGGCCUCAAUUCCCCAGCAGCCUCCGCUCGUGUGGCAUCCAGCUCAAAUGCCCCAGCAGCAACCGAACCCCAUUUCUCAGCAAUUAUGGCAUGUAGCCCAAAUGCCCCAGCAGCAACUGGUCCCAAUGUCUCAGCAGAAGCACUACGAAAGCACUGAAGAUGGCGCCUCUCGUAGUUCUCAGUUCCAAAUCCGUUCCAAAUUGCACUACGAGAAUGGAAAAACUGUCUUCUCCCAAACCCGCUACACUCCUAGGGAGGCUAUGCCUAUUGACAGUGGAAAUGCUCCCAAUGACAGUGUUGGCAUAUUUGAACCAAGCACAUACCCACCACUAGUAAAGGAUCCUACAAGGUAACAUACAAAUUUAAAUUGGGUCUUAACUUUGCUCUCUGAAUUUGAAGUCCUUUUUACGAACCAUGUUUCUGCCAACAGGAAAAUUUAAUGGUGGAUUCAUCCUUUAGAAGCUGAUGGUGAGACUUUUUUAAUGUCAAAUUGAUGACAUAAGUUUCUGUUGCUGACACUGUUCUAAUUUCUUUCAGGUUUCAGUCAUGCUUUUUUGACCAGGAAGGUUCCGGUGUUCUUGCUACUCUUGCAUGACUGAAUCAAUAAACAAUUUUACUUUCCAA